UCGUCCUCAGUGCAGGGCAACAGGACUUUGGGCUCAAUAUGGUAGCAGCAGCCAUGUUGUUACAAUGCUCUCCAGCAUUAGUCCAGGGUACCACAAGCCUCCGGGGGAAGAUGAUUAAGGCUCACCAGUUCCUGUUUAGUGUUGGACGCUGUCCUAUUCUGGCCGCUCACGGAUCAACCUGUUCUCAAAUACAUCUGAAAGUAGCCAAGGCUGGAGGAGACUCUACAUCAUGUGCCAAGAAUUACUGUCCCUUCAUGCUGACAGAACUACAGGAUGGAAAGAGCAAGAUUGUGCAGAAAGCAGCCCCAGAAGUCCAGGAGGACGUGAAGACUUUCAAGACAGGAAACCAUACCUUUGGUUAUGACCAGUUUUUCAGAAACAAGAUCAUGGAGAAAAAACAAGACCAUACCUACCGUAUAUUCAAGACAGUGAACCGCUGGGCUGAUGCUUACCCUUUUGCUCAGCACUUCUCUGAGGGAUCUAUGGCUUCAAAAGAUGUAUCUGUCUGGUGCAGUAAUGACUACCUGGGCAUGAGUCGACAUCCUAGGGUAUUGCAAGCCACACAGGAGACCCUGCAGUGUCAUGGAGUUGGAGCUGGUGGUACCCGCAACAUUUCUGGAACCAGUAAGUUUCAUGUGGAAUUAGAACAGGAAUUGGCUGAACUACACCAGAAAGAAUCAGCUCUGCUCUUCUCUUCGUGCUUUGUGGCAAAUGACUCUACUCUCUUCACUUUGGCCAAGACACUACCAGGGUGUGAAAUUUACUCAGAUGCAGGCAACCAUGCUUCAAUGAUCCAAGGUAUUCGUAAUAGUGGAGCAGUCAAAUUUGUCUUCAGGCACAAUGAUCCUGACCACCUGAAGAAACUUCUAAUGAAGUCAGACCCAAAGACUCCCAAAAUUGUGGCCUUUGAAACUGUUCAUUCCAUGGAUGGUGCCAUCUGUCCCCUUGAGGAGUUGUGUGAUGUGGCUCACCAGUAUGGGGCUCUGACAUUUGUGGAUGAGGUUCAUGCUGUAGGACUAUAUGGAUCCCGGGGAGCUGGUAUUGGUGAGCGUGAUGGGAUUAUGAACAAGAUUGACAUUAUCUCUGGAACUCUUGGUAAGGCCUUUGGCUGUUUUGGUGGCUACAUCGCCAGCACCCAUUAUUUGGUAGACAUGGUGCGCUCCUAUGCUGCGGGGUUCAUCUUCACCACUUCACUACCCCCGAUGGUACUCUCAGGGGCUCUAGAAUCUGUGAGGCUGCUCAAGGGAGAAGAGGGCCAAGUCCUGAGACGGGCUCACCAGCGCAAUGUCAAGCUUCUGCGCCAGCUACUAAUGGACAGGGGUUUUCCUGUCAUCCCCUGUCCCAGCCAUAUUAUUCCUAUCCGGGUUGGUGAUGCAGCACUCAAUAGCAAGGUUUGUGAUCUCCUGCUUUCCAAGUAUGGCAUCUAUAUUCAGGCCAUCAAUUACCCAACUGUCCCUCGAGGUGAGGAGCUGCUACGCCUGGCACCCUCCCCACAUCAUAGUCCUCAGAUGAUGGAAGACUUUGUGGAGAAGCUACUGAUAGCAUGGUCUGAGGUGGGGCUGCCACUUCAGGAUGUGUCUAUGGCUGCCUGCAAUUUCUGUCACCGCCCUGUGCACUUCGAGCUCAUGAGUGAAUGGGAACGUUCCUACUUUGGAAACAUGGGACCCCAGUAUGUUACCACCUAUGCUUGAGAAGCCAGCUGCCUCGGAUCCCCACCUCAUCUGUGCAUGAAGUUAGAUUACCUCCUGCUUUCUGCUUUUCUUUGCGGUUGAUUUGAAUCAGAAAAUAAAAAUAAAGUUACAGCA